CUUCAUUCAACCUGCCCAUCAACAAACAGGCACAAUGUGGUCCACAAGCCGGCGGCGAGCCACCAACACCAUCACAAGAUGCACGCUCCAAACCAUCAAGACCAAAUACCCCCAGAGCCUACGAGCUUCCGUCUCCACCCUCCACGCCAAGAUAAACAGCCCACCACCACGAAUUGUCAAGAGCCAGGGUAUCUGGCUCGAAACCCAAGAAGGCCAUCGCAUUCUGGACGGAUCUUCAGGCGCAUCUGUCGUGUCCAUCGGCCAUAAUGAUCCUCGCGUCAAGAAGGCCAUCACUGCCCAGCUGGACAAAGUGGCAUACUGCUACAACCCAUUCUUCACUACCGAGGCUGCUGAGAAUAUCUCUCGGUUCCUGACAGACUCGACCAAUGGCGCCAUGUCCAAGGUCUUUAUCGUCAGCUCAGGGACCGAGGCUGUCGAGGCGGCUCUCAAAAUCGCACGCCAGUAUUUCACGGAGCUACCCGCACCACAGCCCUCAAGAACAAAAUUCAUCGCACGGAAGCAAUCCUACCAUGGGAACACACUCGGUUCUCUGGCUGCCGGUGGCCACAAGUCUCGUCGCGGCAUCUAUGAACCCAUACUGUCCACCAGCUUCUCCCACGUGUCCCCGUGUUACCCUUACCGAGAGAUGAAGGAGGGAGAGACAGAGCAGCAAUAUGUCGCUCGACUCGCCAAGGAGUUGGACGAUGAGUUUAAGCGUGUUGGUCCGGAUACUGUUUGUGCCUUUAUCGCUGAGACGGUGUCUGGAACAUCGCUGGGAUGCAUGCCAGCAGUUCCAGGUUACUUCAAGGCCAUGAAAGAGGUCUGCGACCGACACGGCGCUCUUCUAAUCCUCGACGAAGUCAUGUCUGGUAUGGGUCGUGUGGGCACACUCCACGCCUGGGAGCAAGAGAGCGUUGUUCCCGAUCUCCAAACCAUUGCCAAGGGUCUCGGUGCGGGUUACAUGCCUAUUGGUGCUUUACUCGUCGGCAACAAGGUUGCAGACGCUUUGGGGAAGGGCUCGGGCAGCUUCAUGCACAGCCAAACUUAUCAAGGCCACCCAGUCGCUUGUGCUGCUGCCUUUGCUGUUCAGUCCGUCGUGAAGGAGGAUAAUCUGCUUCAAAAUUGCCAGGAAAUGGGAGAACUGCUGGGCAAGAGUCUGAAAGAGAAGAUUGGCGGACACAAGAAUGUUGGGGAUGUGCGAGGGCGUGGCCUUUACUGGGGUUUGGAGUUUGUCCGUGACAAGAAGACGAAAGAGUCGUUCCCAGUGAAGGAUGGAAUUGCGAUGAAGGUACACAAGGCUGGCCUGAGCCCUGAGCAUGGAGUCUCUCUUAUUCCGGCCACUGGAAACGUUGAUGGUGUUCAGGGAGACAUGGUUGUCAUCUCACCUCCAUUCACAAUCACAAAGGAAGAGAUCAAGUUGCUGGUCGGCAAGGUGGAAAAGGCUGUCACUUCUGUACUAGGGGUAUAGGAUUCGCAUUAAUUCUAUCAAAAUGACCUCAAGAAACGACCGUUUCCAAUGCAAUCUGACCCUUACUGUUCUGUGUACCAGUCAAAUCUACAUAAUCAGAGCCUGCGUCGGUCCACCCAGCAUGCUCGUCCAUCGGAUCGAAGAUUGUGAUGCCCAAAUCUCCUUGACCUGAUCUAUAGCCCGGAGGAUAUUCCAGCAACCAGUCGUAUUAUGUAGCGAUUCAAGUUUCUGCAGAAAAAAAUCUCGAUGGGCAACUGUUGAGCUCUCGGCUGCCAUGAUAAAGUACGGCCAAGCAAGAAGGUGUAAGCCGACAAUGUCGAUGUAAGCAUCCACCUCCUCGAUAGCACGUUUAAACCUUUCAAUCAUGGGAACCGUUUCUUCAGCUGGGGGGUUGAAGAUUGCUCGCUGCACAUAUAUGUCGCAGGCCCAGGUCGUCAGGUCCGCCAACUGCAAGAUGAGCCCCUCCAGCUCAGGAUGGAAUUGUAGACACCAGGGUAUGAAGCCCAGACAAGCUUGUUGCUGUGCUUGGAUGAAUUGUGCGCCGUUGGUUUCGUUGAAGAG